GGGGAUGGAGUUGAAGUCAGGUGAGGGUGAGGAGAAUAGCACCAUUGCCCUGACCCCUGGCUUUUGGGUUAUUGUGCUGCAAGCAUCAGGUGACUGAAAAAGCAAACAUGAAAGUACAGAUUCAGAGAGGGGAAGUGACUCGACCCAGGCACCCUGCACAGGAACAUGUGUCAUCAUGGUUUCAGCUCCGGAUGGUGCGAUCACAGUGUGUUCUCAGGCCCUUGUUAGGAUUCUUAGCACAAUAGUUGUUUCUGCUUGGUGGGUUUGUUGAUUGAGAGGGCCUCAGAAGCAUUUAUAUUCACAGUAUCCCACGUGCCUUACUAACUCAACUUUAUAUUACAUAGACAGCUACUUUAAAAUUGUCUUGGUACAUGUAUUUUGAAAUUUAUAUGAACAGCUUUAUUUACAUUAUCCAUUAUACUCUAUUAAAGAAUAUAUGUAUAUUUUAAUUAUACUUUAUUAUACUCAUUCAACUUUCAUUGUUUUCUCCAACCUUUUUUACCACCUCAGUGGAAAUGGAAAUGAGAGUACCUGUUAUAGCCUGAAAAGCAGAGGAAAAAAAGUGUAACUCUUUUUAAGGUUUUUCGUCAUGUUUAACUCAUGUGUUAUUCCCAGAUUUUUCUCCGAUGUUCAUACUGUCUCUUGAAACCAGUCUUCCUUUUUUUCAGCACUAUUGUGGCCUGUGUAUAAUUGGUACUUGUCUUUCAGAUUUGUAUUCUGUAAACAGGCUUUGACAGGGCAAAUUUAAACUGUUGUAAAGAUUGCCUAUUCAUUUCUAAUACAUGUUUUGUGGUAGAAUUGAAUUGCUAAUUGUGUGAAGGGUUUUUGAAAAUGAGGGACAAACAAAAUGAGAACUUAUGAAUAGUAGCAAAAAUAGUAGUAAAAAAAAUAUACAAGAGGAAUAAGACCACCGUGCUUUCUUUUUUCACUUCUGAACUAGUCAAUAGCUUUGUAUUCUGGUGAUAAUUAACAAGGUUUCUAUACAUACACAAAAAUGAGGGGUAGUGAGAUAUAGAUGAUGAUAUAGAGAAUGAAGAUGGGAAAAAAUCCUCUUGGUAUUAAUACAUAUGGUAUAGGUACAGAGUGUUCCUUUAUGUAUAUGAUUUGAAAAGGGUGAGGGAGCUCCAAAAUAAGAUAAGGAAGUUGGUAGACUACAUGUUUUGUUAAUUCUUAUGUCAGAGUGCCUUCUCCUGGUGUGGAUGCAUUUCUAAGAUGAAUAGUUAAUUUGUUCUUGUUUCUUUUUCAAAGUCUCUUUGAGCAAAUGACAAAUUGAGAUGUCCUGGCUUUAAGGAGAGACCAUUGACAUUUGCCUAAUGCCUUCUCUUGUCUUAGGCUUUGCCUUGUAUUAAAGAAGUAUAUGACUGGAUGUGACUAAAAUGGUCUGGGAGGAGGGUUAGUAUUCUGUUUUCUAAAAUGGAUUCUGGGAUUGUUAUGUGCAAUUGGUGCUUUAGGAUGGGAGAAAAUCACCUAAGUGUAACUUCAGAGUGUGAGAAAGUGUGACCUGUCAACUGUUUUGGUUGGGUUUUCUGAUGUUGGAGUGGUUUGUUUCUUAAAUUUUGCUCUCAGGUUUGGGGUGGUAGUGAAGUUACUCUGAAAAUUCAUAAUUUUUCUAUAAUUAGUAACAGCAUCCCAGGAGUUUCAGAGGGAAAUGCCUUUAAAAAAAAAAAGAGAUGUGACAGCACGCUGCCAUGCCGACGCAGACCCCGCUCUGCACGCCAGCUCGCCCGCACCCCCCAUGGCCACAGUUAAGCAGCUGGAAGGAAGAUGGCGCCUGGUGGACAGCAGAGGCUUUGAUGAAUAUGUGAAGGAGCUAGGAAUGGGAAUAGCUUUGCGAAAAAUGGACACAAUAGCCAAGCCAGAUUGUAUCAUCACUUGUGAUGGCAAAAACCUCACCAUAAAAACCGAGAGCACUUUGAAAACAACACAGUUUUCUUGUACCCUGGCAGAGAAGUUUGAAGAAACCACAGCUGAUGGCAGAAAAACUCAGACUGUGUGCAGCUUUACAGAUGGUGCAUUGGUUCAGCGUCAGGAGUGGGAUGGGAAGGAAAACACAAUAAGAAGAAAAUUGAAAGAUGGGAAAUUAGUGGUGGACUGUGUCAUGAACAGUGUCACCUGUACUUGGAUCUAUGAAAAAGUAGAAUAAAAAUUCCAUCAUCACUUUGGACAGGAGUUAACUAAGAGAAUGACCAAGCUCAGUUCAAUGAGCAAAUCUCCAUACCGUUUCUUUUUUUUUU